GGCACUCGGAAUGAUGAUAGUACGGAAAUGCUGGACACAAGUAAAAGGUAAAUGAUGCUGUGAACCAUUCGGGCCGAAUCGCAAAUACUCAUGGAGAGGAAGAAGACAAUCUGUAAGAUGACACCAGCAGGGUGUAAAACAGCCAUAUAACUGUUUUCAGCAGUAAGAAUGGCUCGUACAUAUCUGUACUGGCUACAGUAAACAGUAUAAUCAACAGUUUGGUUGGCUUAGGUGACCUCCAGCUCACCUUAUGAAAACGUAUUGGUCGUCAAUAUGACUUAACAAGCUGAACAUUUGUCAGUGGGACAUUGCAAGGAUCAUAUAACAAUAGACUAGGUUUUAACUUUGCAAAGACAUUGUUAAGACACUUUGGGUCAAGAUGUUCACCGCACUGAAGAAGCUGGUCGGAUCUGAAGCAGGGCAGUUCCGGGACAAAAACAUACCUGCUGGUCUGCAGUCCAUGAACCAGAGUCUGCAGAGGCGCUUUGCCAAGGGUGUGCAGUACAACAUGAAAAUAGUAAUCCGUGGAGACAGGAACACUGGAAAGAGUGCGCUGUGGCAUCGUCUCCAGGGGAAGAAAUUUAUUGAGGAGUACAUCCCUACGCAGGAGAUCCAGGUCACCAGCAUUCACUGGAACUACAAAACAACAGAUGAUGUAGUGAAGGUGGAGGUCUGGGAUGUGGUAGAUAAAGGCAAGGGUAAAAGACGUGGAGAAAAUUUGAAGCUGGAAAACGAACCUCAAGAGUCAGAAACAGAGAUGGCUCUAGAUGCUGAGUUUCUGGAUGUUUAUAAGAACUGCAAUGGGGUGAUCAUGAUGUUUGACAUAACCAAGCAGUGGACAUUCAACUACAUCCUGAGAGAGUUGCCCAAGGUGCCCACACAUGUGCCUGUAUGUGUACUGGGUAACCAGCGGGACAUGGGUGAACACCGUGUCAUCCUACCCGAUGACACCAGAGACUUCAUCAACAGCCUUAACAGACCUCCUGGCUCCUCCUACAUUCAUUAUGCAGAGUCCUCCAUGAAGAACGGCUUCGGUCUCAAAUACUUGCACCGCUUCUUCAACAUUCCCUUUCUACAGUUGCAGAGGGAGACGCUGUUACGGCAGUUGGAGACAAAUCAGCUUGACAUUGAUGCAACCCUUGAGGAGCUUAAUGUUCAGCAGGAGACCGAGGACCAGAACUAUGACAUUUUCAUGGAAAUGAUGGAGGCACGCAAAGCCUAUGGCUCUCCUGCUCCCUCGAACAGCCAGAGCCCUUCCUCAGGCUCCCAGUCCCCCAUCGUCUUGCCUGGUGCUGCCUCCCCCAGUAACUCCAGCCCUAGCACCCCCCAGGCCCCUCUCCCUGUCCCUCCUCAGCCCCAUCCUCUACCAGACACCCAUCCUGCACACUUCCCACUUCAGUCCUCAGCACCCCCAGUACCCAAGAGCCACCCUCCCUCACAGACUUCGGAACCCACCGCUGCCACCCAUGUUGCCCAAGCAGCUCCUCCUGCUCAGAAACGAGGCUUCAUUUCCCGCCUGUUCGGCUCCUCAACUCCAGAGUCUCCAGACAAACCAGAAACAGCAGCCUGUGAGGCCCCUAAGCCCUCAGGGAAGGUACAAAAUGUGGAUGACUUUGUGCCAGAUGUAGGUCUGGACCGGAGCUUUCUGGAGGACAGUGGAGAAGCAAACAAAUCCAGAAAAAAAGCUCCGGCAGCAGCUCCUGCUCAGGACAGUGACAGUGAUGCAGAGGGGAGAGGCGGGAAUCCACUGGUCUCAGGUUUCCAGGACGAUUUGGACCCAGACGAUCAAGAGCCAUCCCGGCCUGUGAUUAAAGCAGUAGCUCCAAGCUUGGGCAUCACCCUAACUAGUGAUGAAGAAGAUGAGAAGCCUACGUCUGCUGCCGCUCACAAUAAGGACCUCAGCACUAGCUUUGACACAAAAGGAUUCACAGUGAAUUCAGCCAAGCAGCAGUCGACCAAAUCUAAACCCACCGAAAGGCCUCACAGCUUGAAAACUUCAUCCCACUCUCCAGGGCAAAAGCAUGGUCGUAAGGCAGGGGGCACAGUCAAGGCAGAAUCAUCUGAUUCUGAUGUGGAGGGUCCUGUGGCCCAGCAGAUCCUUUCUUUUGUUAUGGAUGACCCUGACUUUGAGAGCAAGGAACUUUGUGUUAUUACAAAGCAGAAGUCUCAGUCAAUUCCAGCACGAGAUGACAUUUCCGAGAAGUCAGAUGAUGGUUUUGUAUUAGCUGGGCUCGUGGAUCCCCCGAAAAUUACUCCUUCCCCUUUCAAGAGCCUCAACAGUGACAUCGACCUGUUUGACCUGGGGUUUGAAGAGAGUACACCGAAGGGCAAAGACAGCAGUGAGGACCAGGAAGACAAUGACAGCAGGCACUUCUCAAAGGACAAGAAGAAGAAGAAAAAGAAAGGCAAAGAGGAGGAUGAGAAAAGCAGUAAAAAACGACACAAACACAAGAAAAAGGACAGGGAGGAGUCUGGGACAAGUGAUGAGAAAGAAAAGAAGAAGAAGAAAUCGAAAAGCAAGAAAUCUGGAAACAUGGAUGAUCUGGAGGCCUUCCUUGCAGGAGGCAAGAGUGAGGGAGGAGACUACGAGGAACUGUAGGACUUCAACAGCCCAACCAGGGUUCGCUUUUCAGUACCAAGAUGACGGUCAGAUCAAGCCAUGCCUGGGUCCUUGUCUGUAUCAUUCCAGCUUUUCUGAUUUCACUUUUCUUCAUUGAAACCCUUUCAUCUCGCUCUUAUCUUUACUGUUUUCAGCUGUGCAAGUUUACAAUGCACCAACAGUAAUUAGUUGCACACUUUCAUCAUGUCAGUUAUUUAUUCCUCAAGUGAUUCCACAAGACGAGACUCAGCCCUGUUCAGCUGUAUCAGCUACUUAUACACGGUAAAAGGACGUGAAGUUAACUCUACACAUGCAACACUAGACCCUCAGUGGCUACUUAUUGUUUUGGAGGAGACAGUGCUAUAAGGAAAAUUUCUCUUGCUGCUUUAAAGAAUAUGAAGUAUAUUUGUUAUUUAUGUAUACCCGCCUAUUCCGUUUAGCAAUGAUGCAACAGGUGUCAAGAUGUUACACAAGGUUUUGAGAUGGGGCAUCAUGACUCGACUGGGACUCGCACGUAAUUGACUAGUGACUCGACUUGACUCUGACUCAAGACCAGCGAUUCACGACGGCUUCUUAUUCGACUGCUUCUUGUUUGAAACUUAUGUGGUGCAGUAUCGACAUUCUAGCACUGACAUUCAGCUUUUUAUUCAUCAGCCUCUUGUUCAAAUUCUCCCAUUCCACCUUAAAUGGUCAUUAUAAUGCCUCAGGCACCAGAAUGUAACUGCUGAACCAUUUAAGGUGGAACAGGACAAUUCAAGCAAGAAGCUGGCGAAUGUCCUUAUCAGAAAAUGUUACCAGCGUUAAAAGAAUGUUGAGUAUAUUUUAAUAGCCUAAAUCACCUUAUCAGGGGGGUAAAUAGUGAUAUUAAACUGAGUCUGUGCUGAAUCAACAUUAAACACGCAUUAAAACACUGAGUGCUGUACUAUGCUGUACUAAUGCUUGGUUUUAGAACCCAAAUUUAAGGAUCAUGCUCAUUAUUUAGCAUAUAUGCUGACGUCUUGAUGUCAAAGAAGCGAAAACACAUAGACAAAUGAAACUGAGAAAACAUGACCACCAUAGGCUUUUGAAAAGGGGGGCAGGUACAGUUGGUUGCAGUCUGCAGCCUCACUGUUAUAGGUUACACACUGUUCUGUUAAUGCAGUAAAUGAGUGGAUCAUUUAGUUUCUAAUCUAAUAUGUGUGACUUUGCUGCAGUCAUUAGUAGACAUUGUACCAGAUCCGUUCUCCUGCAGCUCACAGUGGAGGUUCUGUACGUCAAGUAACGAGCACUACGUACAGUAAAUGCUGCAGUAAGUGUUGGCUAGCAAGUAGCUUUGAUAGCAAGGAUGCUAACUAGCACAGUAGCUCUUAUAUUUGAAGUUUUAAUAAGUUACAGAUUACGUUCCUUUAAAACGUAAGUUUCAGCUGGAUUAGUUAGUGUGCUAACUAGCUAGAUUCUGUGCUGGAAGGCUGAACUAUGGGCUAAACUACAGUCUGACCAAACGUUUCAAACUAUUUUUGCUACAUUCCUUCAAAUACUGCAUUUAGCACAUAUAGGGCUUCAGUUCUGUCAGACUGAAGGUUUUCUAUGAUUAAAAGCUAGUUUUGAACCUGACAGAUUUUUAGUAGGGUUUUAUCUAAAAACCUGUCAAUGCUUGUAGCUAAUAAUGAUGCUAAACUAGAACACUCUACUAAAGACUUGAGACUCAUGCAACUCAUGAAAUUUCAGCCUGAAAAAAUGCACAAACAAAGCACAUUAAAUUAGGACAACCUUAACGCAGUAAAUGAAUA